AUGACGGAUUCUAGUCCUCCCUCAACCAAUCCACCAGGGGCGACACCAGCCCAACCGUCCGGCGGUCCCUCCCAAUCGGAGCACCCAAAACAGCAACAGGAGCCUCAGCAGGAGCCUCAGCAGCCUCCGCAACAGCAGCGACAGCCGCCUCGGGAGCACACACCAGCCCAACAAAUCCAGCUUCAACAACAGAUUCAGCAACAGCAGCAGCAGCAGUUGCUCAAGGCACAAGCGCUGGCGCAGGCGCAAGGACAAGCACAGGCCCAACCACACCAACGGUCGCACCAUCUCCCAGCGUCCCUGAAUCCAGCACACGCUCAUGCUCCGAACGCGCAUCAAACCCGCCAGCCGAAAUCACCUGCUUCGCCGCCGCCCGUGACGAUGCCUCCACCACAAGCCACCGCUGCCUCGCCGCCCACAAAACGCGACCUCAAAUCGUGGUGGAAGGGCUUCAAGCUCCAAUCACGAAACCACGAUGUUCAAGGUAAAUAA